CAGAAUUUCACUGAAUUCAGAUAAUAAACGCUAACAACAUUCGCGACUGGAGUUUCUCAGGAAAUCCUCAUGGUCUGAGCCGUCCUUCUAGCUCUCAAGUCUCUGUUUAAUCAACACAUCGCCCAGUUCAAUGGAAAUCCAUAACCUCUUGGUAGUUAUCACACUGUCUUUUACGACUGAUGUUGCCAAAUGUUGCUUAAUCGCCGGAGUCAGUACAGUUACCAGUCACCGCCUACUCGGCUACGCGUACAGGAAUACAUCCGGAAUAACAUUAUCCAGCUGUGUGUCCUUGUGCAAGAGUGAUACAUAUUGCGUCAGUGUGAACUAUGAUUUCGUCUCUAAAUGGUGUGAACUCAACGAAAGGAAUACUUUAAUGGCUCCAGGGAACUUAAAGCAUUGGCCGGUCAACUUUUAUGUGUAUUUAGAGCGCGUCCCUGUACACAAUCUUUGUUCCUUUACUUCUUGUCAAAAUGGUGGGAUAUGUGAAUUUGACAAGGAAAGUCUAAAGAUUUGGUGUCGCUGUAGAAACGGAUAUAUAGGUCGGCGGUGUGAAGUGUGUGGAAACAACUCCCUCGGCUUGCAGGAUGGACGAAUAUCAGACGUCAGCUUCACAGCAUCUUCAUCCAAAAGCACUAACUUACCCCACAUGGCGAGGUUUAACAAACCCAAAUCCUGGAUGCCACAGGACAAUGACACAAACAGAUACCUUCAAAUUGAUCUGGCUCCUCAUCGCUACUUUAUCACUAAGAUAGCUUUUAGAGGGGAUGACAGCGGUGUUUCUGCAUUAACUUUUAAAGUCAAGUACAAGGACAGUAAUAACAAUUGGCAAACAGUUGGGAAUGAGGAUCUUGGGUCAUUCAAAGAAACGGUCUUUGAACACACUCCAUACGCUGGAGCUACGAUCCUCAAAAAGUUUGAUCCACCAAUCACAUCAACGGUCAUAAGAAUUCUCCCCCAAGAGUCAAAUUCUGCUUACAAAUUAGAACUAUAUGGCUGCCGCCUGGUCAAGUAAUGGGACGACACGUCGUACAACUGUAUGUAACUCUUGUGUAGUACAGUUGAUAUCACUUAAUUAAAGUACAUUUUAAAAUGUAUUUAUGGUAAGGAGUGGAAGUGUAGUAACAUGACGACGUCUGACCCACUACACUGAUCGGAUGCGUGCUUUAGGCCCCGUCCACACGUAUGCAGAAAUUUUUGUAUCCUCAAUUUUUUUUUUUUGCGGAUAUGGGUUGCGUCCACACGUGUCCGCAAAUCUUUG